UGCAUUUGAGCAGUAUUUUGGAAUCUAUCUACACUUAAAAUGCCACCUGCAAUUGGAGGACCCGUUGGAUAUACCCCCCCAGAUGGAGGCUGGGGAUGGGCAGUAGUAGUUGGAGCAUUCAUUUCCAUUGGCUUCUCAUAUGCAUUUCCCAAAUCCAUCACUGUCUUCUUCAAAGAAAUUGAAGGUAUAUUCAGUGCUACCACCAGUGAAGUGUCCUGGAUCUCCUCCAUCAUGCUAGCUGUUAUGUAUGCUGGAGGUCCUGUCAGCAGUGUCCUUGUGAAUAAAUACGGCAGCCGCCCAGUCAUGAUUGCUGGUGGCUGCUUGUCUGGCUGUGGUUUGAUUGCUGCUUCUUUCUGUAACACUGUGCAGGAGCUUUACUUGUGUAUUGGAGUCAUUGGAGGACUUGGGCUUGCCUUCAACUUGAAUCCGGCUUUGACUAUGAUUGGCAAGUAUUUCUACAAGAAACGGCCAUUGGCCAAUGGACUGGCCAUGGCAGGCAGCCCUGUGUUCCUCUCUACCUUGGCUCCUCUCAAUCAGGCUUUCUUUGGUAUCUUUGGCUGGAGAGGAAGCUUCCUAAUUCUUGGGAGUCUCCUCCUGAACUGCUGUGUAGCUGGAUCCUUGAUGCGACCCAUAGGGCCCAAACCAGCGGAGGUAGAGAAAGUUAGGUCCAAAGAAUCUCUUCAGGAAGCUGGAAAAUCUGGUGCAAAAAUAGGUGCAGGUGAUGCACAUACAGAUCUUAUAGGAGGAAACCCCAAACAGGAGAAACGAUCCUUCUUCCAAACAAUUAAUAAAUUCCUAGACUUGUCCCUGUUCACUCACAGAGGCUUUUUGCUCUAUCUUUCUGGAAAUGUGGUCAUGUUUUUUGGACUUUUUACACCAUUGGUAUUUCUUAGUAAUUAUGGGAAGAGUCAGCAUUAUUCCAGUGAGAAGUCAGCUUUCCUUCUUUCCAUCCUGGCUUUUGUUGACAUGGUUGCCAGGCCUUCCAUGGGACUUGUGGCCAAUACAAAGUGGAUAAGACCUCGAGUCCAGUAUUUCUUCGCUGCUUCUGUUGUUGCCAAUGGAGUGUGUCACUUGUUAGCACCUUUAUCCAACAGCUAUCUUGGGUUCUGUAUCUAUGCGGGAUUCUUUGGCUUUGCCUUUGGGUGGCUCAGCUCUGUAUUGUUUGAAACACUGAUGGACCUCGUUGGACCCCAGAGGUUCUCCAGCGCUGUGGGCUUGGUGACCAUCGUGGAAUGCUGCCCUGUGCUCCUGGGGCCACCGCUUUUAGGUCGUCUCAAUGACAUAUAUGGAGAAUACAAGUACACGUACUGGGCAUGCGGUGUCAUCUUAAUUAUUGCCGGGGUUUAUCUCUUCAUUGGCAUGGGCAUUAAUUACCGACUUAUGGCAAAAGAACAGAAAGCACAGGACAAGCAGAAAAAGGAAAGCAAAGAGGAGGAGACCAAUGUAAAUGUUGAUGAGAAGCCAAAAGAAGUCACUAAAGCAGUACAGUCUCCCCAGCAGAAAAGCACAGGAGACCCCACAGAGGAGGAGAGUCCUGUCUGAUCCCAUGGGCUAUACAUGGGAGGAGCAGUCAUGACCCAAGACAUCAGACAGUAUUCUGCUGGCCUAUCCCAGUGGUGCUCAGCGAGACAGUGACACCUGCAUGGAUGCAUACCCGUGGUGUUGGUGGACUUUUGUUCUGUUCCUUACCAGCGCUUGAGUUUGAGAGGUUAUGUGCUCUGGUGAGGAAGGGGUAGUAUGUCUGUGGGAAAAGUCAGGUGUCUUCUUUUUCCUUUUUGGUUUGGUUUUUGUCUUAAUAGAGUCAUGAAGAUUGUAAUCUGUGCCUUAAGUUUUAGUCUUUAGAACUCUUUAGAGAGCCUUAACUUUUUAAGCCAUUCUGCUGAAUUCAUCUAUAUUUUAAAUGUCCUCUUCAAAGGUAAACUAAGAACUAAUUGAAGUAUCCCUUUAAAUUUCAUCAUGAUUCAUCAUGUGUAAUGUGUUGUCAGAUAUUGUUACUUGAACAUUUAUGGAUAGAAAUACUGGUUUAAAGUUUGAGAUUUUUAAAAGUACUAAACUAUUUUUCUAGUAUCGGUAGCUGCCUAAUGUAUGGGCUUGCUAGCUAUGUAUUUAGGAAGUUUUAAGCAGAAAAAGCUCAAAACAUCUUGGCUGUUCUAGCCACUUCAUAUUUGUGGACCUCUGUACCUUUCUUGAGCUGCUUAUUAGAAACCAAAUGUUAGAUCAGUGUUUAAAUUUCUACUUUAGCCUCCCUGUUCCUGAGACAUUUUGAGUGGUUGCUGAUUAUUGUCCAAUUUGAAAUCACUCAGUAUUAUUUUUUUCUCAUUAUGAAGUUAGUAUUAAAAUCUAUAAUUGUUAUAUUUAAUGUAGACAUAUUUCAAAGAACAGCUGAAAUUCAGCUUAGGAUUUUCCAAAACUACAUUCUGAAACUACUGGAGUGCGUGUGCGUGUGUGCACGUGUGUGUGUGUGUGUGUGGUUUUUUUUUUUUUUAGUGGUGUUGGGGAUUGAAACCAGAGCCUCAAGCAUGCUAAGCAAGUGUUUAACCACCGAGUCACAGCCAGCCCUCUGGAAACCCCCACCAUAACCCACAUCACACUCCACACCCCUAGAGCUUUUUCCUCUUGAUGUUUGGUGGUUCCAUGUACAUUUGCUUCAAGCUUAGAGUUGUAGGUGCUAUAUUCCAUGCAGACUGAUGUGUGUGAUUUUUUAAAUACUUUUUUUUUAAAUUCAGAGGGCCAGAAAAAUUUGGUCUUCGGCAAACCAAUAAAGAUAAAAUUGGGAGGAAAGGUGCUAAGUGUACUGCCUUUCCAUACAGAAUUCUUCAUCAUCCCCUUUUCCUUAAAGGAUCUAAAGCAAACAUGUAAUGCGUAGAAUUAUUGAUAUGUACUAAACUCUCCACAUAAACUUUAAGUUUUAAGAUUCUUUUCAUUUACCCUGAAUACAGGAAAAUGGAUUUAGUAAAAGGAAAGGUGAGAGAAUGGACCAGAAUCAACCUGUAAAUAUUUUUAACCUGAUACCUUCUAACUUGAAGCAGAAUGCUACAGAUGACAUUCAGUGAAUUAUAUGCAAUGUGUUUUAAAUACCACUGUAAUUGACAGGGUCAAAUAAUAGAUUAAAAACUUUGUAAGAGGUUCUCUUCCAAAUAAAACAUUUUAUUUUUAGAAAAUA